AUGAAGAACAGCUGUAGUGAUAAAAUAUGUUGCUGUAUACCGAGUCGUAUCGGUGUACUCAUAGUGUCCCUUAUCAUAUUCUCCGUUUAUUUAGCUCUGACAGUAUUGAUGUUUGUGAGCAAAGAAGAUAUGGCAUCAUGGUCUACAUCGCAAGAGGGUGUAAGAAAUCCAUUAACAAUAGAAGCAUAUAAUGGAAUGUUUGAAGCAUUUGCUACGAUAUUUAUUGCUUAUGUUGUAGUAUCACUCUUAGGUACUGGUGCAGUAUGGAUGCGAAAUAGAAAAGCAGUUCGUAUUUAUCAUAUUGUCAAUUGGUUCUUUGUGUUGUUGCUCUUCACUAUCACAAUAGCCGUUUGGGCUUAUUUUAAUGUAGAGCAAAAUACAUAUGUGAAUGAUUGUCAGGCACAACAAAACAUAGCAAACAAUGCUACUUUUAAUCCUUAUUACACGCCACUUGUCAUUCCAGGCAAGCAAUUGAUAGCAGGUGGAUCAGAUAAAUCUGAAUGUAUCAAGACGAUAAAGAGAUAUGUUAUUGCAGCUGGUUUUUGUGUCUUUUUCUGCAAUUUUGUUCAGAUUUAUUGGGCUAGAAGUAUUGGGAAAUACGCUACUUCACUCAAAAGAAGUUAUCAACACAAACGGCUAGAAAUGAAAGACGAUGAUAUGAUUUCUGUCAGUAGUGACUGA